AUGGUACUUAAGUGCUUUUACAUAUAUGGAUUAAUUUGCGGGCUUCUGCCCGCUCUAUUGGAAAAUGGAAAGUUUAUUAUUAGAUCUUCGCAAAGAUGGUAUAUUCUUUAUACAGCAUGUCUGCAUGUGGUUCUCUUGAUUCUUCUGCCCUUCACAUUUCCCAAUUACAUGUACGACAAAAGCUAUAUGAGCCAAAAUCCGUUUCUUCAAUGGGCCUUCAAUCUAACUAAUAUUACCCGAAUUAUGUCCGUGUUUUCGGGAUAUUGCGUAAUGUGGUUGAAAAGAAAAAGGCUCCUUAAACUAGGAAAAAACAUAUUUCAUCAUUGCCUAAAAUGCAAAAGGCUGGAAAACAAUUCAAGGAAAUACACACCUUUGUGGAAGAGAACCCAAGGAUUACUUGUUCAAAUGUUUUUUGUCUCAAAUUUAAAUAUUUUAGUGUCUGCUUUUAUAAUGGUAAAAAUCACUACGGAUCGAUCUUUUAACAAUACUACAAUGAUUAUUGCACAUGUUGUUCAAUACAUAUAUAUAAUUAACAUGAUGGCAGGUGUAUAUGCCAUCCUUUUAUUUCUCCGCUGGCAGAGUGAUCGGAUGCAAAUAGCUUUAAAAGAUCUCUGUUCCCUCCUAAAUCACGAAGAGCGUAACUCCUUAGUUUUAUCAGAGGAAAAAAGCAAGAUAGCCUUUGACAAACUACAUUAUCUUUUCCGCCUACAUGUCGGAAAUCAACGACUGAUCCGUGAAGUUUUUGAAACACUGGAUAUUCCAAUCGCUCUUUUAUUGCUUAAAAUGUUUGUAACAAAUAUAAAUCUGGUUUAUCAUGGCGUACAAUUCGGCAACACAUCCAUAACAGCGUCAAACAUCACAAAAUUCACAGCAAUAUGUGGAAUAAUUUGCCAUUAUUGGAGUGCAAUUCUACUGAUGAAUAUUGUUGAUGAUGUGACCCGAAGAAGUGGCCUCAAAAUGGGAAACCUUUUGCGGGAAUUUAGUCAUCUUGAGCUAGUCAGUAGAAAUUUUCAAUUGAAGAUGGAGUUAUUUUCCGAUCACUUACGAUGUCAUCCUGCAACUUAUAAAGUCUGUGGACUUUUUGUUUUUAAUAAACAAACUAGUUUGGUUUAUUUUUUCUACGUCCUCGUUCAGGUUUCGGUACUUGUUCAAUUUGAUUUGAAGAAAAAAGUGGAAUAA